GUGCUAAUUCUACUUCUGCUUUGAGAAGCUCACGAGCAUCGACGGCAUCUCGGCACAAAAGGACGUGAAUUUAGCCCCUUUUUUUAGCAGUAGGAAUAUUGCAAAUACUACAAAAACACUCCGAGGAACUUCUGAGACAUUAUAACGUUAUUUUCGUUAAGUAGUUUCUUAUUUCUGCGUGGAUAAGAACGUUUUAUCCGACGCACUGUAUGCUAGCUGUUAGCUUGAUAGCUAAACUAAGUCAGCCGCGGAAGGAUAUCACAGCCUUUUUAUGUUUUGGCAAAAACAUGUUGGACGGAUCUCCAAACGAUGAGGUGGAAAACAACAACCCGAUAUCGGUGAUUUCAAGCGGGAAAGAUGGGGUGAACACGGGCAGUAAAGCGAGGCAGACUCUGCUGAAGAAAGGAGGGAAAAAGCUCCGGUCCGCGGCGCCUCUGCAUCACCAGAAACCUCCGAAAAACAAUCCCAACAUCCGGGUGACUGACCACAACAACAACAACACUCUCAUUGCUCUGUCUGCUAACAGAGCCGCAGCACAGCCCGGUACCGAGCUGAGCCUCCACCCGCUCAGACAGGGAGCCAAGAAAGAGCUUCUGAAAUCCAAAGUUGUGAGAUUGGAGCGAGGCGUCGUGCAGCCAGGCGGACAAGACCCCCGUCACGAUCCGAUCUCCCAGAACAUGAUCACCCGGAGCCAUAAGCCCAAGCAGGGCCAGACCCCCGGGGGUUCUCCCUCCUCGAAGAAGAAGGAUAACAGCAGCCCCAGUAAGCCUCUCUCCCCCCACCCGCCCCCUCAGAGGAAAGCGAAACCCCUCCACUCCUCCGACAACCUGAAGGCUGCGAACACACUGCUAAUCGAAGCUGCGCCGGAAUGCCUCAAAGACGGCGAGAAAGUCUACGCUGGAGCCAAGUUCAGCGAGCCGCCGUCGCCGAGUGUCCUUCCCAAACCGCCCAGCCACUGGUUCGGAGACCAGGAGGCUCCAGAGAGUAGCCAGAGCCGAGAGCAGAUGACCUCUCACCUGAAGUCUCUGCUGAAGGUUCAAGAUAAAUCAUGACCGCAUCUCACGUGGGAUUUACGAUUAAUGCCAACAAUUGGAUUAAAUAAAGGCAUUGAGGAAAAAGACUUUUAACACACUGCAAUAAGUGGAAGGUAGUUUUUAUUAACUGUAGUACAAUUUCCAAUCAUUCAACAUGCUGCCUCCAUAUGUGAACAUUUUGGAGACGAUGUUGCCGGAGACAUGCUGGAUGUGUAAAACAUUUUGUUGUUGGCAGAGGAAAGAGAAGGAAAAUGUGUUUUACUCCAGCAGCAGCAUUUCGUCUACGUCAUGCAAAGUGAUGACGGCACUUUCUCUGUGAAUACUUCCGGAAAAGCAGCCUUUUUGCGUUGCCUUUUUCCUUCUUUUUUUUUAAAGAGCUCUCGCAAAUGUACAUAAUAUAUUGUAAACAUAUAUUUGUGUAUAUUUUUUUCUUGUUAUUUUAACAGAUUUCUAGUUUUGUUACUGAGGUUUUUCCAAAACAAAAAAUAUCCCCUACGGAUUGAGGCAUUUGUUCCCAUCUUUUUCAGUUUGAGGCUCAAAAAGGACUUUUUCUAACUGAUUUGCACUGAGAUUUGGGAACAAAAGGAGGAUUUUUGACCAUGUUGAUGCAUUCACCAGUAGAGGACUUCCAAACCCUUACUGGGAAACUUGGCUACAACAGUGGACAAAUCAGAAAGCCAGGAUUUACUAUUUGGUAGCUGAAGGUCUUUUCCUUUUUUACCCGAACGUGGUGCAAAACCGAGAUGUCGGAUCAGGGACUGUGAGGCUGCUGAAGCCUCGGUGAGCCGAAAAAGGAGACCAAAAUAUGUCUCAACAAUGUGUCUCAACCAGCUGCUGCAGAGAGCCAGCAUCCAUUAUCCUUAAUGCACUGAGUAUGUUCACAUUAAGCCGGAUACAUUUACAGUAUCUUGUUCUGUCUAUUGCAUGGUCUGUCCCGGGGCUGGGCGAUAUGAAGAGAAUACGCUAUCACGUCGAUAGUAUUAUAAGGGCUGCACAUUCAUUUGAAAUGUUAUCCAAUUAAGCAAUAUGGACUAGUGCCACAUCCAGAUCGCCAUAAGCACAAUGUUUGGUCAAAUGUGUGAGGUAUUGUGGAGCUGCAGAGAAGUCUACAAACCUAUACUCUACGUACCAUAAAGAAGUCUGUUUGGUGCAGAUCCUCUUUAAAAAUAUCCCUUGAAUUCCCUCUAAUAUGGUCUUUGCAGAAUGAGUUAUUUCUUCCAUGUUGUGCAGUUCUAAUUGACACCGUUUUGUUUAUUAUGUGGACUUAUUGACUAAGUGGGUAAAGGCAAACGCUAGAACAGUGUGAUGAAGUACAUCACUAUACUGUAAUGCUGCCUUUAAAACCAGGAAACGCUUAGAAAAUCCUAAAUCUAAGACCUAUAAAUAUCUUGUUUCAUUAACGAUAUAGAAAUCAUUUUAAUAUAUCGCUCAGCCCCGGUCCGUCCACAAUGAGACGUUGUGUUUUCCAGACUUUGUGGGCUUGGUGUGUCUUGUUGUGCGUGUCAAGAAUAACUGAUUUUGACCUGUUAAGAAAUCCAGCCCAGAGUGUGUGACAAUAACACUCUUCUGUCACUUCCUGCUUCCUCUGUGAUCAUCCUUACCGUCACAAUAGGCGAACAAUCGCAGCCGUUUCAUCAGAAAAUGUCGAUUGCCAAAGAAUUAUCUGCAGCUAUGAUGAUAAUCACUCAAAUGUUAGUGUCAUUGCCUCUGCAAAGAAAGCUAGCUUUAAAAAAGGACAAUUUGCUGCUUUUUUGUUUGGUUUUAUACCAUCUAAAUGUUUGGAUUUGGGACUAUUUCUUGUGAGAGAACCAGAAAUGUGUCACCUAAUUUCAAGAGGAAGCACUUUUGUGACGUGAGAGUUAUUGAUAUUGAUGAGCACUGGUUUGUAACGGUAGUAUGUAUUAUAUACUUGUUCCAUUAUCUGGCAUUAUGUACAGAUGAACGUAUGAAAUAAGUGAGACGGAAAGUGAUCACAGGACAGAAAAUGAGUAAAAAGAUGGUUAAAGCUGCACAAACAAGACAAACUUUCAGCGUGGACGCACAUCGUUUUUAAAGCCUUUUAAAGAUUGUAUGGCUUCGUGUGAACGUGGUCUCUCUCUACUCUGUAUUAAGUAUUUUUAAAGGGGACUCGUUUCACACACUUCACAUACCUCUUUUCCUUUCUUUCUAAAGCACGUUAAUGUUUACCUGUGUGUGUCUGUGUGUGUGUGUGUGUGUGUGUGUGUGUGUGUGUGUGCAGGCAGCUUCUCGACCUCUGUGUCAUCACCUGAAUGGAAAAUUGUAUUACUAGAGCAAAAAAAAAAACUGCCCAUUUCUAUUACAGUGUUUUUAUAAUUAUGCCAUUCCAGUAACGAGAAAAAAUGACUCCAUGCAAGAAUUUUGGGAAAAAAACAAGAAGUUUAUUUUAUGAAGAAGGUCUUUCAUAUCUAAAUUAAAAAAUAUAUUAAAAUAUUGACUACCCCUAAAUAUGCUUCUGUGUUUAUUUUCAGGGUUUAGAGCUUUGUAGUUGAUGUGGUGGGAGAUGGGAAGCCAGAGAAGUGCUUUGAGGUCCGGGAUGAUGUGUUAUUUCAACUGAUAAUUUAAUAUUUUACAUUUAUUCUCCACUUAAUUUAAAGGACUGAACCAUCUUGAAUUAUGUACAUCUGUUUUGAGGAACAACGUACCGCACCUCAUGUUUACUUUAUAUAUUGCAAAACGACAUCCUGUACGUCUUUAGAAAGCUGCAAUAACGAACCGACAGCUCAGUAACUGCUGGCACACCUUCCUUAUUAAAACCGGUCAACAAUUAUAGAUAACAAAAGAAAAAACAGCAGAAAAUCCCUAAAUCUCUGGAUGGUCGUUUAGAAACGUAUCGGCAGGUGGGAAAGUUGCACCACCCUCGUACGUGGUGAAAGAAAACUGAGAAAAUGAGGAAGCUAUUUUUUUUUUAACCACAGCUUGUACAAACUGCUGUGUGUUUUGGACUCACCAGUUCAGAAACGUUGACAAUCAGACAGCAGAGGUAAAAAGAAGAGGCACGAUGGCGGAUUUCAGAUGGAUCGAAGUGUUUCUAUUUCUGACUCUCAUCACGCUUACAGCAGGAGCCAUCUUGCCCUAUGAGCCGGAUCCUGUCAUCUCCCACACGGUCAGAUCGGGAAAGGAAGUCACUUUGCCUUGUGUAAGAAUCAAACUCACUCCGGGUAGCUGUGAGGCAACUGGGUGGACCUUCGCGGAAACCUUAUUACUUGUUACGAAGGGAGUAGUGAUUGCAGAUUGGAAGAUGGUUGAAGUUGCUAAAACCGACAGAAUGAGUUUGACAGAGAAAUGUUCUCUGGUUAUAAAGAAGGUCACAAAGGACGAUGCUGGUCGCUACACCUGCAGACAGUCCCCACAAUUCCAAGAAGUGAUUAACCUGGCUGUUGUUACCAUGGCUGAACAUAAGAGCCACGAUAAGGUGACGUUGAGCUGCUCUGUGGCUCCAGGUUCAAGGUUGCCAACACAAAGUGAAGUGGCAGUUCAGAGAUAAAGACGUGGCGAUGGACGACAACGACUUCAGGACGUCAGAGUCAAAUUGCGUGGCCAAUGUGACGUUUCAGACUUCUCUUUUUAUUUACACGCCAAAGAACUACGAGUUGCUGAAGUGUAGAGUGAAUGAGUUUAACCACAAAGUGAAUCAGCUGUUCAGCCCUCAGUUCUCAGGUGGAACAACUGAAGCUGUGUCUGCUCUGGGAUGCGUCAUGUUGGCGAUGCGCGUGGCUCAAAUCCUCCUCUUGACGGUCAUUACUGUUCUUCUCUUGAAAUAUCGAGGAAACCAGAGACCACCUGAUGACAGCACUGUGCAUCAUGAUGGAAAUCGACGUGGCGGCACAGUGACGUACGAAAACGUUGGAGACCUUUCUGUUUCUGUCAGCCCGAUAAUUAAUCCUUGAAGUUUCAUGAUAUGUAAAACAUUUUCUCUUUUCCUGUUUUGUUAUUAUUGAGAAGCUGUCAUAGCAAGAAGAUGUGGAUUUGUUUUCUGAUUUGUAAGUUGCAAUAAUUAAUAACAUUUACAUUUCCACUAUAAAUGAUGAUAUGCUCCGUUAGAGCCACCAUGGUAUAUCCAUUUUUGAAUUCCCUUUAAUUAAUAAAAUACUUUAAUUAUUGUAAUUGUACUGCCAUGUGGGUUUGUCACUAAAAGCAAUUUGCAUAUUUGACAACAAAGACUUAUUCAUGUCACGAUCCCAGUUUUAUUUUGAAAGGUUCUCUCAUGACUGCUUGUACUUCCUGUAUCUGUGUGUUUUCCCACCUGUUUUGACUGUCUUCUCCCGGCCUUAUUAGUUCCACCAGUUCAGCUCUGCAAGCACCUGACCUCUUGUCCACCUGCACUAUAUCCCCUCAUUAGUUCAGCCUGUAUUUAAGACCUGGGUUGCGGACGAAUUGUUAAUUUUGCUUUGCAAGUUUUUCUAUCGGAGUGAAAUGACCAGGAAGUACUUAAAUGGCAGCCAUGAUACUCUCUAAAUGAUAGGAAAGGAGCUCCCAUGCUUCUCUUUUAGUUAGGACUUAGGAAACUCUGACCAUCCUUUACGAAAGGAAGGGAGGUAAGGUCGACCCAUCAUCACCCUUGGGACACAACAGUUAAAGUAAAGUGAUGUGGUGAUUUGCGUCUACCCACCAUAAUAGUUCGAAUCUACGAGAAACUUAACAUGUGUUUUUUAAAGGAAAUCAACUCUGAAUACUUUAGGUAAUUACUUGUGUAAAAACGUCAGGUUUCUCACUGGGAAUUUGAGUGUAAAUAGUAGCUUUGAAUUGAAAUGUUCUUCUCUCCGUUGGUAAUAACGUCCUGUGGUCUCUGCAGUGUGUGUCACCUUUACUCCUCCUGUCCACCAGACGCCCCCAUCCUCACCCGUUCCCACUAUUACAUUACUCAUGGACAGAUUAUGAGAAAACGGACCAUAGACACUGGUAUUCAAAACGCCCACCACCUCGGGAGAAGAUUAUACUAUCCAUUUCACUAAUUCAUUAUAUCAAUAAUGUCUGGAGUCAUUUAGCAGCUGGAUUGAACAGGAGUGAGUGUUUAACGCUUGUUUUUCUGUCCUAAAAUGACCUUCCAGCUGCAGGUUUUUGAGCUGAACUUAAGAUGUGUUGCUUGUUGUUGAAGCUACAGCAGGUUUAGCUCAGUUUGCAGAAUAACUUAUUUUAACCCACUUUUAUGGAGAAUCAAUAAACUGAUCAGGAAAGCUGGCUCGGUCAUCGGCAUCAAACUGGACCCUUUUGACGCUGUGGUGCAGAGGAGGACUCUGAACAGACUGCUGUCCAUCAUGGAUAACCCCCCCCCUCUCCACCUGCAGCUGGACAGACAGCGGAGCUCCUUCUCCAACAGACUGCUCCAGCUCCGCUGUCACGAGGACAGGUUCAGGAGAACAUUCCUGCCCUCUGCAAUAACUCUGUACAAUAACUCCCCUCUGGCUGGCAGACCACUCACUGCUCCAUAGCCUCUCUGUGAACUGGACUUAACAUGCACUCCUUCACACUCAACAUCUACAUCAUACUGAUUCACAUUAUUGCCUUUUUGUACAUUUCUAUAUUUCUCAUUUUUAUUUAUACUUUAUUUUUUAGUUCUAAUUAUUUUAUUUGUUUUGCUUCUUUUUGUUUUUCACUGCUGCAACGAAGAUAAAUCCCAGUUUGGGAUAAAUAAGUACUUCUGACUCUGAUUGAAUGUAUGUUCAGCCUGAAUGAAGUCAGUCUUCUCUUUAUUAUACCUGAUAUAACAAUAGACUCUGCAGAUAAAUAAACCCUCAUCUUAAUUCUA